AUGGCCAGUACUCUAGUUAAUCCCCUGUUUGCUGAUCAAUGUACCACCAAACAAACUAGAGUGUCAUAUGCUAGAAUUUUAAUUGAGGUAAAUGUGACAAAAAAGCUUCCUACUGAAAUAACUGUUAAAGACCCGUCUGGUAGGCACUUUCAACAGCCCAUUGAGUUUGAAUGGAAACCAGAGUUUUGUGCUGAAUGCUUGAAGAUUGGUCAUGAUUGUGUGAAGGAGAAACAACUAGGGAAUCAAGUGCAAUAUCAGAAGAACAAAAGGCCAAGAGUAGUUCAAAAGUGGAUCCCUAAACAACAACAGAAGGAUCCUGCAGUUAAAGCAAGAGGAUCAAGCUCAAGUAUAAAAGCAGCAGCACCACAACAAACCCCUGUGGACAUUAUAACAGCAAAUGGAUUUCAAGGUUUGACUGAAGAGGAACAGAGAAAUAUCAAAGCUAAUCCUCCAGAUUUAGGAGGAAAUAAGCCUACUCAAUGA